UUUGGCGAAUGGAGCGCCCCCGUCGCUGUGUUUUGUUGUUUUUCAGCGGUGUAUCGUGUUCGGCCUGUCAAACCUGCGACUUUCCACCGGAGCGACGCGACUGGAACAACAGGGAUGCACAUGACUAAAAAGAGCAGGAACACAAUGAAGCCGCCGUCACAGAGCCAGUCCCCCCCCCUCAGCAGCCUGAUGUUUGAAGGCGUCUACAACAACGCCAGGAUGCUUCAUUUCCUCACAGCGGUCGUGGGCUCCACCUGCGACGUCAGAGUGAAGAACGGCGCCGUGUACGAGGGAAUCUUCAAGACUUUGAGCUCGCAGUGCGAGCUGGCUGUGGACGCUGUUCACAAACAGAGCGAUGGAGGAGGAGGAGGAGGAGGAGGAGGAGGAGGAGGAGGAGAGGGAGGUGGAGGGAGUCAGUCCUCUCCACCAAAGAUCGAAGACAUCACUGACACCAUGAUCUUCAGCCCCGCCGACCUGGUGACCAUGACCUGCCGCGAUGUCGACCUGAGCUUUGCUGUCAGAGACACGUUCACUGACACCGCCAUCAGCUCAACGCGGGUCAACGGGGACCACCGGGAGAAGGUUCUGCAGAGGUGGGACGGAAAUGGAAACGGAGAAAACUUUGAGCUGGAAUCAGACGCAUCUAACGGCUGGGACGCCAACGAGAUGUUCAAGUUUAACGAGGAGGCGUACGGCAUCAAGUCCACCUACGACUCCAGCCUCUCCAUGUACACCAUGCCUUUGGAGAAGGGGAACUCAGAGGUUUACCGACAGCGGGAAGCGCGGGCGGCUCGGUUAGCCAAUGAGAUCGAGGGCAGCCUGCAGUACCGCCGCCGGGUCUCUUUGGAGAACGAGGAGGGCCGGAGCGAGGAGGACAAAUACAGCUCCGUGGUCCGAGAGAGGGAGGAGAGGGCGAGCCCCGGGUUCACCUCCGCCGGCAGGGAAGGUAAAUACAUUCCUCUCCCCCAGCGGGCUCGAGAGAUCGGCCUGUCGGGUAGCAGCAUGAGGGCCGGAGGCUCCGGUCGAACCGCCGCGCCCGCCUCCUCCAGACACCCGCCAGCCGGCUCGUCUUCCCCCAAACCGCCGUCCGACCGGAGCAGCCCGCUGUCCGUCAGAACCGCCUACUCUCCCCACCAAUCGCAGAGCAGCCCGCCGGCGGCCGGCAGCCCUCCCUGCUCCAAUCACGUUCUCCCGCACUCCCUCUCCCAUCCGCAGGCGCUCGCCGACGCCACACGCUCAUCUGUUAACGGAGUUACAUCCAGAACUUCCCCUAAGUCUCAGAGACUUCAGAGCAACAGAAUCCUGCGGACCCCGAACUCUCAGUCCUCUCCUGCCGUCUCUCGUGCUCCUAAACCAGAAGCCCCUCCCCAGGACCUCCCCCUGGUCGGCCCUGCUUUCUUGGACUCCUCCCCCUCCGCUGUCACCACAGCAACAACCACCACCAAACCCACCGGCCCCACCCCGCUCUUCCCUGUCGAUGUGAAUGAGAUCCUCAGCGCCGCGGCUAAAGAGCGAAGUGAAGCUCUGUCCAAUCUGCAGGAAGGGAAGAGCAGCAAAGCUCCCACAGUGCAGCAGAGGUCUCAGCUGGAGGAACUCCGCAAGUUUGGCAAAGAGUUCAGGCUGCAGCCCAGCUCCUCCCCCUCAGCGAGUCCGGCCUCUGCAGAUCCUCCUCAGCACUCACCUGCCGACUCCUCCUCCUCCUCCUCCUCCUCCCCCGCUCCACCCAAACCUCUCACCUCCUCUGCACAAGACCUGCAGCAGACCACUGAGGCCGCUCCCCUCGCCUCGACCCCCGUGGCCUCGGGACCGGAGGGGUCGCAGCCCGGGACGACCCAGACGGCCCCGGCCCCGGCGGCGGGCGAGGAGGUCUGCGCAGAGGGCGGCGAGCGAACGGAUGCUGCAGCUACAGUGCAAGUGAAAAACUCAACUUUGAAUCCGAAUGCAAAAGAAUUUCAGCCGGUAAAAGGAGCCGCGGUCCCGAAACCGGCCCCGACCCCAACCCCUCCUCGACCGACCCCUCCCAGCCCCUCUGUGGUCCUGCCUCCUCAGGGACAGACAGGAGGAGGAGGAGGAGGAGGAGGAGGAGGAGGAGGAGCCAUCUACAGCAGCCCAACUGGACACUACCUGUCCUAUGUCUCCCCAAUCCACAUCCAGGGACACUCCAUCCAGGCUCCUCAGAUGUAUCAGUACACCAUGUCAGCUGUGAACCAGGGCAAAUACCCCAGAGCCAAAGGCCCGGUGGUGGGACAGCGUCCGGACCAUCACCCGACCUCAGCGUCCCCGAUGAUGUCAGCUGCGGCCUCGGCAGCAGGCCCCCCGCUGGUGGCAUCCCCGUACCCCCAGUCCUACCUGCAGUACGGUCAGGUGAUCCAGGCCAUGCCCCCCCACUACCACGGACAGGCAGUUUACUCGAUGCUGCAGGGGGGGGCCAGGAUGCUGACGUCCGGGGCUCCUCAGCAGAUGGGUCCUCCUGGCCACCAGUACCACGGCCAGGCUGAGGGCCAGCCGGGGCCACAGCAGGCCAUGUAUGCUCAGUCGUUUUCUCACCACUCGGGCCCCAUGCAUCAUCCUCAGCCCUCCAGCACCCCCACUGGGAAUCAACCCCCACCCCAGCACACAGCGCCCAGUCCAGGACACACUCAGUCGAGUCAGGCCGGUCCUCAGCCUCAGUCCAUGUUCCACUCUGGAGGUUUGUCUGCUCCCACUCCUCCGAACCUGCAGCCGGGCCACAGCUCCCCGCAGGCCACCUACACCAUGCAGGGGUACAGCCUCCCCACCCACCAGCCGCUGCCCCACGGCUUCCCCUCCAUCGGCCAGCUCACACAGGCUCACAUGUCGGGACCUCACCACUCUGCCGGUCACGGACUGCCGCCCGUCAUGCUGCACUACGUCUCCCCUCAGCAGGCCGGUGGCUCCAACCCCCAGCAGGGGGCGCCGCAACACUUCUACAUCGGACCCCCACAAGCUGUUCAGGUCCAGGCUCACCCCUCCCAGCAGCUGUCCUUCCACCCGUCUGCAAACUGAACUCGUCACAGCUGGAUUCAGGAGCGAGGAAGACGAGCCCCCACCCCUACCCCGACUCAAACAACUUGUAACAUUCCCACCUCCUGACACCAGACUAACACGUCCUCCUUUUUACCCACAUCUUUAGACAGAAACGGCUAACACGGCAACGUUUCUGGAUUUAAAAAUGUAAAUACAAACUGUUUUCACACCUGAACACGAAGGUGGACUGACAACGAUGACUGGUGGAAACAGUUUUUCUCCCCGUCCCACCUCUGUCCUUUUCCAGACAAAACCAGUUCAUUAAUAAUAAAACCACUGAAAACAAACAACAAA